AACACAUCUCUCAAUUGCCAGACAUAAAAAAGCAUGCAUCAUGCCCACAUAGACGCAUUGAUCCUAGCAUUAGAUUUCAAGCCAACUUGCCAAUCUGUUUGGGAGGGACUUCAUCCUGUUAGGCUUCUUAAACAAACCAGUGUUUCCGUCAAAGCUGAUAUUUCAUCCAGACGCUCGACUCAACGGCUGCCGUGUGAAGUUCUUCUGUGAGUCCAGUCUUCACCAUGACUUCCAGACAGCCAAGUGGUUCACCAUACAGAGCAAAUCUGAUUCAUCAAGGGCCUCCAAAACGGUAUUAUCUACACACAGAGAAAAAAGUGCUCGAUGAAUAUGGGAAAGUCCGAAAAUGGACUUACGGGAUAAAAGACACCAGUAAAACAAACAAAAUCAUUCUGCUGGUGGGAGAGACUGGUGUUGGAAAGACGACUCUCAUCAACUCCAUGGUCAACUACUUAAAGGGAGUGAAGUUUGAGGAUGAAAUAUGGUACGAAAUCACAGAAGCAGCAGCUGGAGAUCAGUCAGAAUCACAAACCUCUGAAAUCACCAUGUAUGAGGUCUUUCCUGAAGUGAGUGCCAUGUCUCUCAGUAUCAUUGAUACUCCAGGCUACGGAGACACUAGAGGACUGGACAAAGACCUGGAAGUCGCUGAGAACUUAGCCACUCUGUUUCAGAGCAAUGAUGGAGUUCGUGAAGUUGACGCUGUCUGCUUCGUGACUCAAGCGUCUAAGAAUCGUCUCUCAGAUCGACAGCAUUAUAUUAUCAGUUCAAUUCUGUCUUUGUUUGGGAAAGACAUUGUGGACAACAUUGUGUUUUUAAUCACACACUCUGAUGGUCUUACACCCAAAAAUGUCCUUGGUGCCAUUAAAAAAGCUAAAAUCCCCUGCAGACGAGACGAAAGUGGCCAACCUGUUUAUUUCUCAUUCAACAAUCGACAGGCUGAUGAACGUCACACCAAAGAACGUCAUGUUCGAGCUCAAAGAGACGCCUUUGGAGACAGCAUGGAAGAUAUGAAGAAAUUAUUUCAGUCUCUGGAUGAAAUGAAGAGAAGAAGUUUAGAGUUGACUUCAGACGUCCUGAUCGAGCGCAUUCGAUUUGAAGCAUACAUCUGCAACUUACAGCUGCGAGUUCAAGAGAAAGAGCUGAAAAAGGCUGAAAACUUCCAGAUUCAGGAGGCAAUGAUGCAAAACAAAGAAAAUAUUGAAAAGUGCAAAAACUUUGCCAUUACAAUCCAAAAGAAUUUCAAAGAGAAGGUGCCCAUUGAGAGCAAGUCAUGGAAGCACAGGAAGGCGACAUCCUGCACCGUCUGUGAGGAAAACUGUCAUGAGUUUGACUGCUGGUGGGGUGCAAAUCCCAGCAAAUGUGAAGUUAUGAAAGACGGUUUCUGCACCGUGUGCACAGGGAAGUGUCACCACAGCAAACACGUCAAAGACAACAAGAAAUACGUCAUUAGAACCUCAAACGUAACAAUAGAUUAUGACGCUACAAAAAGGGAAAAUAAAAAAUCCAAAGACCAAACCAACAGGUUUUCAGCUGCAAUGGGUGAUGUUGACAAAGACCUGCUAGAGAUUGAAACCCAUAAGUCAAUUCUCCUGUUUAAUGCUUACAGGACCAUCAAGAACUUGUCUGAGAUCGCAUUAAAACCAGACUCUGCCUUCACUCUUCAGCACCUGGACUUCUUCAUCCCCAGAGUGAGAGAAGCUGGGAAAGAAAACUGGGCUCAAGAGCUGGAGGAGAUGAGGAGAAAAGCUGAAACUGAAGAAGUGAAUAAAGAUGCUCUCAGUUAUCUUCAGGCAGGUCUGGCAAAAGUGUUCCUCGGUAAAAAAUGAACAAAUGUGAUUGCACUUUUCUAUUUUUUUCGUCUUAAAAUGUUAAAUAUAAUAAAGUUUGAAUAAAUGAAAUAAAGCUUAAAUAAAAGAAAUA